CAGAUCUGCACUAUUUUUUCCAGCCAAAACACAUGUGCAGUAAAUUUUGACAAUCAGCUGAUUGCAAUAAAUAAUUGAAAUUGAAAUUUAAAAAUUUUAAAAUGGAAGUGGAAAGAAAAAAAAGAUUGCAACAAUUGCUUUUACUUCUAGUUGCCAAAAAGAAAUUAAUUAAUAUUUUAAGCUUGUGCGCGAUAAGUGAUAAAAAAACACGGGUGUGGACGAUUCCUAUAUAUGCGGAAAAUGAGAGAGAGCUGCAUAGUUUUUUCAAUCAUUUAUUCAUCUAUAUAAAAAACAAUGAUUCCUCUCAGUUUCAAAAGGCUACUCGGAUGCAAGUGGAUCAAUUUAAGCUUCUUCUAAGCUUAAUUAAAAGGCGUAUAGAAAAACAGUUUCAUAUACGUCGUCCAAUACCAGCAGAAUGUCGCCUGGCAAUAACAUUAGUAUAUUUGGCACAUGGAGUUUGCCGCCAGAUGUUGGCUUGGGCUUUUCGAGUAGGAGUAUCAACAAACAUCCGCAGCCAUUUGGGAUGAACUUUCAGGAAUAUAUUUGGCGCAACCAAAUGAACAUGAGUGGAGGGAAAUAGCCGAUUAAUUUUACAUCAAGACAGGAAUGCCUCAUGUUGUAGGAGCUGUUGACGGCAAACAUGUCCAAAUCAAGUGUCCGCGAAAAUCCGGAUCACUGUAUUUUAAUUAUAAGCAAUAUUUUAGUAUUGUGUUGUUAGCCGUUUGUGAUAGCAAAUAUACAUUCACCGCAGUAGACAUUGGAGCUUACGGAAGCCAAAGUGAUGGCGGAGUGUUAAAAAUCAGUGGUUUUGGAAACAGAAUAUUAAACGGAACAAUGAACCUACCAGAAGCAGAAAAUCUUCCACGUAGUGCGAUAAAAUUCCCAUUUUAUUAUGUGGGAGAUGCUGCUUUUCCGUUGACAAAACAUUUGAUGAGGCCAUAUCCGGGAAAGUGUUUGGAAGCAAACAAAGACCACUUCAAUAAAUGUUUAUCCAGAGCGCGGGUUACAAUUGAAAAUACAUUUGGCAUUUUAGUGGCUAGAUGGCGAGUUCUCAAUAAUUCUUUGGAUAUGUUUCCCGAAAAUGCCAAUACCAUAGUUAGAGCUACAUUAAUUUUACAUAAUUUUGUAAAGUUCCAUAACGCCGAAUUCUAUUGUCCCAACAACUUCGUUGACCACGUAAAUGAAAGUGGCAUUCUAAUUGAAGGGCAGUGGAGACAAUUUGUAGCGCCAUUACAUCAGAGUACGAUAUUAUCAAGCGCUAACGCAAGACGAAGUGCUUUUGAUACCCGAGAUCUUCUUAAAAAUUAUCUCUUCUUUAAUAAAUAAGUAAAUAAUUCAAUAAAUUUAUUAUAAAAUAAAUAUGUUGGUUCUACGUAACCUGUAUGGAUUUGUAUUCCUCAAAAUUGUUUGCCCUGAAAUAACAAAAACAACAACUACAAAAUAAAUAAAUAACUUUGUACUUUUUUAUAU